AUGGCGCCCAUCUCUCCCGUCUCUCGAAAACGAUCAACCCCCUCACACAGCGACGAUGGGAUCUCAGACGCGUCUUUCAGCAAGAGGGCACGCCUCUCACCCGUUCUUCCCAAUACGCCGCCACCGGAAGAAUCACUGCCAGGCAAGAAAGCAACAGCACCACUUUUCGACGAUGAUCCCAAGCGACUGCAACUGCGCUCACUCGCGCUCGUAUUAGAGCACGUUGGCUUUGAUGGAGCUUCUCCGGAAGCAUUGGAGGCCUUCUCCGCCGAAGUUGAAUCAUACGCUACACACUUCCUUGCGAAAGUUACAGCUCAUAUGCACAACGCCCGACGAUCUCAACCCACUCCUCUCGACUUUGAAUAUGCGCUCUCUCGAUUCGACCUUCCGCUCGCCUCCAUAGAACCGCAUCUCAAACCUCCAAUUCCCAAGUCAAAACUCUUCGUUCGUUUAGAUGCUGAGCCUCCAGAAGAAAAGAGCGAAAUUGCGGUAGCGUUACUGGGGAAUGAUCUGAGUGGUGAUUCUGACAAGAAAGUCAAGCCAUACAUACCAAAACGUUUUCCGUCUUUCCCAAGCAAGCACACGUAUAAAUGGACCGAGAAGGAAUCAGCGCGAGAGACAGAUCCAAGGAAGAUUAGGGAGGAAGCUGCAAAGGCUGCGAGACAAGGCGAGGAAGCACUGCGCCGUCUGGUCAAUGUGAGUAAAGCUGGGAAGGAGAAAGAUGUCAAAAAGACAGCGAGUAAGGAUCCACGGAGCAAAGAGAGAUAUCAGUUAUGGGAACAGACGAUGAACGACCUGAUGUCUGGCAAAAAGCACAAUGGCGAGGCAGUCGAUGCAACGGAAGACCGAAGCAUGAUUGUGAACUCAGAUCGACGAUAUUAUAGGAAAGGAGCAGUAAUGAAGAGGAAGCCGCUGAUAGAUGAAGGAACAAUAGUCGUUUCGAGGGAAUAA